GCCCCAUAUCAAUGACCCCGAAAAAAAGAGGCUCCACCAACCGAACAGGUUAGCAUUAAACUUCGUUGCAAUACGUUUGGAGCGAACAAGGAAUGUCCAACCUCGUUUCUGCAACAUCCUUACCUGUAUAAUGCCUAUAUAUACGUGGUACUGGAAUUUGUAUGACUCAAAGCCUCGCAAAUCCCUCUCUCUCGCUCCCUGCCACACCAAUUGCAGGAAAACCAACCUGAGCACAAAAGAAACAGAGAGCUCGCCCAAACAUCCAUAUUUGAAACGGUUUUAACGAGAGAAGAACAACGAGCGAAAGGAGAGCAAACAGAGGGUCUCUCCAUCUCUUUUUCUUAAUCACAUUUUCUGGUUGCUUACCCUCUCUGUUGUUACAAAACCCCUGAUACCAUGGUGGUGUCUACCCUAUUACGGUCCUUCUCAUCAAAGCAUGAGGACCCCGCCGCCACCUUACCUAGCUCGACCACCCCUCUCCUCUAUGAACCCCGCCCCGGGGAAUUGGAUCUGGAGAGGCGCUGGCCACCCAAGAGGGCUGCCCUCGUGGUCAUUUUUGGCUUCUUGUUGCUUGCACUAUUUUUGGCCAUUCUCAUUGCUGAUCUGAAUUCAGAUGUCCAUGCAAAUGGGAAUGUAUCAUUGGCUACGUCGGGAUCAUCGAUGGCGUCGGAGCCCUUGAAGCUGGUGUCACGUGGGGUAUCCGCUGGCGUGUCCGAGAAGGCGAACCGGGUAUUUGCCUGCGUCAAUGUCGUGUCGUUUCCAUGGAACAAUACCAUGUUGUCAUGGCAGAGGACUGCUUAUCAUUUCCAGCCUGAGAAGAAUUGGAUGAACGAUCCUAACGGCCCUAUGUAUUACAAGGGAUGGUACCACUUCUUUUACCAAUACAAUCCUAAUGGAGCAGUGUGGGGUGACAUAGUUUGGGGUCAUGCUGUGUCCAAGGACCUGAUACAUUGGCUUCACCUCCCCUUAGCAAUGGUUGCUGAUCAGUGGUAUGACAUGAAUGGUGUUUGGACCGGAUCUGCUACAAUCCUUCCUGAUGGCCAAGUUAUCAUGCUUUACACUGGAUCCACAAAUGAAUCAGUGCAGGUUCAAAAUCUUGCAUAUCCAGCCAACCUGUCUGAUCCCCUCCUCAUAAACUGGGUCAAGUACUCUGGCAACCCGGUCCUUCACCCUCCACCAGGCAUUGAUUCGCAGGAUUUCCGUGACCCAACAACGGCUUGGUACACCUCGGAUGGGAAAUGGAACAUUGCCAUAGGGUCCAAGGUUAACAAAACGGGCAUUACUUUGAUCUACAGCACUGAGGACUUCAAGAACUUCGAGCUUUUAGAUGGGGUGCUAUAUUCUUUCCCUGGCACUGGAAUGUGGGAGUGUGUGGACUUCUUUCCUGUGUCUAAUACAUCUAUAAAGGGUUUGGACACAUCGGUUAAGGGCCCUGGAGUGAAGCAUGUAAUCAAAACAAGCCUUGACCAGGCUAGAAACGAUUAUUAUGCAGUUGGGACUUAUGAUGAGAAGGCAGGUAAAUGGGUUCCCGAUAACACCACGAUUGGUCUUGGAUUGAGGUAUGACUAUGGUAUGUUUUACGCAUCCAAAUCGUUCUAUGAUUUGCAUAAGGGAAGGAGGGUGUUGUGGGGUUGGAUUCAGGAGUCUGAUAGUGAAAUUGCUGAUGUGAAGAAGGGCUGGGCUUCAGUUCAGAGUAUUCCAAGGACAGUGUUGCUUGAUACAAAGACUGGUACCAAUUUGCUUCAAUGGCCAGUGGAGGAGGUAGACAGUUUGAGAUUGACCAGCAAAGUGUUUGACAAGGUGGAGGUCAAGGCAGGAUCAGUCGUUCCUCUAGAUGUUGGCACAGCCACGCAGGUAGAUAUUGUCGCCGAGUUUGAGUUAGAUAAGGAGGCUUUAGAGAGGACAGCCCAAACCAACGUGGAAUUCAGCUGCAGCACCAGUGGUGGAGCUGCUGAACGUGGCGCACUGGGACCCUUUGGGCUUCUUGUUCUUGCAGAUGAGAGCCUUAACGAGCACACUCCUGUGUAUUUCUAUAUUGCCAAAGGAACUGAUGGCAAUCUCACAACUUUCUUCUGUGCUGAUCAAACAAGGUCUUCUGAGGCAACUGAUGUCGAUAAAAAAAUUUAUGGGAGCACCAUUCCAGUACUAAAAGAUGAAAAGUUGUCUGUGAGAUUACUGGUGGAUCAUUCAAUCAUUGAAAGCUUUGCUCAAGGUGGGAGGACCUGCAUCACGUCUCGUGUCUAUCCAACAAAAGCAAUCUAUGGAGCUGCUCGGAUAUUUCUGUUCAACAAUGCUACUGAAGCCAGUGUGACUUCCUCUCUCAAGAUAUGGCAGAUGAAUUCUGCAUUCAUACGCCCCUUCCGCCCUGAGCAAGAUCAUUGAAUUGAGCAGAGACAAAGAAGAUGAUGAUGAUGAUGAUGAAAACAAGAUGAGCUUCUUUUGCAAUCUGCAUAAUGCACGAAUCAAACGUCCAAGUCCAAUCAAUUCAUCUUAUGGGAAAGUGAUCAUCAUGUUGAUCACAUUGGGAACAAAAAUGUAGGGACUUGUUGCGAGAUAGCAUAACAUUUAUCACCAUCGCAAUCGGUGCCCUUGAAGCUCCCAGUUUGGUGCUGUCUGUACCAUUAAUUCUGUACCAUAUUGUCGUUGGAGUGUAAGGCCUAAUUUGGUUA